AAAGCUGAAAGUCAGUCGCGUGCGUACCGUCGUUGGAUACGAAUCUUCCAUUCUCCAUUCGUUUUCUGUUGAUUCUCUAUUCGUUCUCCGAUUAACUCGAACACAUUCGCAAUCAUUAUUCAACCGACGGUCGAAAUAACAAGACACAAAUUGUUUUCUCAGAAACAUGCUGAAGUCUUAUCCCGCGCGAUAUUCUACUAGCGGAGCUAGAACUGGUACUCGAGUGAUUCGUUUGACGGUGGAUCAGGAAGCAGUUCUUCAAGAGCAGUUUAACAGAUGGCCAAGAGCACCUCAUACUGCGGACGUUGUACUUCUCGCAGCUGAAACAGGUCUUUCUGAGGCGGACGUUGAAGGAUGGUACGCCAUCAGACUGGCUCAGUGGCGGAAAGAACAGGGUCUCGGCGGGAAUCUGGGUAUACACUGAUGAUCGUACGAGAGCGCUCGUACUUGUGCGCUAAACUCGUCUCACUUUUGUACCUGAAACUCUUAUACAUAUACAGACAGAUGUAAUGGGUCGAUAGCAAAUUAUUCGA